ACUAGACAAAGAGCUCAUCAGGCGCGCUCGACUUGCAUUACUCUAGAUCCAUUCUCCCACGCUCUUGGGGAUUUCAAUUCUUUGACUGGGUCCAGGACCAUGACACCACUCGAGCACAUUGCACAAGAAAUUUUUAUAGCAAGCACGUCACAUUGUCAUGAAUCACGGAAAGCAGGAGAUCGUGUCAGUAUACAGAACAUAUCUUCGUGAGAUUAGACGAUUGCCCCAUGCUUACCUUCGUCGAGUUUUCCGCCUGAAGGCAGAGGAUGGCUGUCGCGCUGUGCUGCAGACAAAAUGCGACCACCUUAGGCGGCGGAAGCUGAAGAGAUUUUCAAAGACUAUGCAACGAGUACAUGCAGCAAACAAUGGAAGCCAUCUGGCCUUCAAUCGUAUUUUGGACCUUGCCUACGGACGGGUAGGUAGGCUAAGGUGGGAAUUGAUGGAGCCCUUGCUGUCUGACCCAAACACACCACUUCCUUCGCCAAUCAUCCGCGGCAAAGAAUCCUCGCGUCCUCCCGUGUAUUCCCCAGAGCUUACCGCACUUCUCACGUCGGGUCUAUCUCGCAGGAAAAGACCUUUGGUACCUGGCGACCUCAGCUUCCCACCAAUACUUCCCGAACGUGCAGACCCUAAUUCACCUGAUGCCAAGAUACUGGGGCCUUUCAGUAAGCGCCGGGAAGUGAACGCUCGCUGGAAGUACUUCGGACAGGAGUGGAAGAAGGUGCUUCCACCUCUUCAGAUCUCCAGCUCGCCUCCUCGAUGUGUCAGCGAUGAGGGUAACGACUCGAGUCCUUCAGCUGCUGUCCGGAAAAUUGGCUUUGACGGUACUACUGUUCUCGAGGAGCUGGUCCAGUUAACAACAAAGCCGGCAAAUAGAUCACAGCAAGGGUUGCGCGCUUUUCUUCCAAGACGAUGGUUGCGCAGGAGAUACCAGGAGCUACUGGGAAAGCUUCCCGUCCUGACAUUUAUUUCAGCAUGCGAGAACGUGAAAACCAGAAAGUCUGGUGGCUUCGCGGUGUCAUUAGCACCGAAUGCGCUCAAGGCACGAAUGCAAGGGAGGCUAUUACCCUGCGCGACGGACGAUGAUGUGGCGUGGAAUCAGAAAAACAUACAGCGAGCAGGCAAUGCAUAGGAAGCCUUGACCAUCAGGAGGAUAUUCUUUUAAGACACAAUCGCACACGAGCAAUAUUUUGGUUCUGUUACUAGAGCGACACCAUUAGAAAAGCCAGGAUUUUGACGCGACACUUUCAUUUCAAUGCUCGUUUUUCAAUCGGCCAUUUUUCAGCGCGAUCUGUCAGUG